AUGAUCCCAGAGGCCACACGGUGCCUCAGAUCCGCGGGCGUGGGGUGGACCUUCUCGGGGCUGCUCAGGGAGACCACCCUGCUGUGUGCACAUGGACCCCCGCGGAGACACUUCAGCCUUCACCGCUGCCUCCGGGCCCGGCCUCCGUACCCCAAACCCCCGCGGGAGACCGUGCACAUCCCGGGGCUGGAGAGGAUCACGUACGCCGAGAGGAUGCACUACGUCCCGGGGCUGGCCAGACCGGAGAUGUGGCCGCCGUGGGAGAGGGAUUACAAGGACCCGCACCGGUACCGCAGCCCCCCGCAGAGUGAGAUGCCCCUGCGGAAAGAGCUGCCGUGCUACGUGUUCCACCAGCGGACCAACGCGCUGGAAGGUGUUCCUCAGGCCUUGUGGCUCACCAAAACCAAACUGAUCGAUGGUCUUCCUCCUCGACUGCUCUCAUUGGGCCAAGAUCCGGCCAAUCAUAUCCCGGAUCAGGACGAGCGAGUGAAGAACGCCAUAAAGCACGCUCGCUUCUGGGACACCACCACAGAGAAGACUAAAGAGGAGAGAUACAGUAAGAUCCUGCUGCAGAACCUGCUGCACCUCUGUGGGAGUCUGCAGACCUCGGUCCCUGCGCUCGGACGGAGACUCUUCUCAGAGAAAUACUCUCUGGCAGCAACGUGGACCAGAGGAGACGACCUGUUCCAGAUCCGGGGCGUAAACGGUCUCCUCUGCACCAGCAUGGACCCAGUCCCAGUCCAGGCCUCGCUGCAGGAGGUGGACCAGACCAGAGACCACGUCCUGGACACGUUCUACCCUGUGUCCCCCACCAUCGACCUGCAGAAAGUCAACGUCUACCACAGCCAGAAGAACUGCACAGGGUUCCAGGAGGGUUACCCGUACCCUCACGCCCACACCCUGUUCUUCCACGGUCAGAAAAGCUCCAGAGGCAGCCUGCGCCCGGAGCAGUUCAGAGCCAAGAUGCUGAUGUUUGCCUUCGGGAACGCUCUGGCCCGGGCCCACCUGCUCUACGGGACGGCGCCACAGAGCGUGUUGAAGCAGCCGGUGGUGGUGCAGGCCGUGGGGACGAACGGACGAUACUUCCACCUCCUGCUGUUCCAGCUCAACACCACAGAGCUCUCAGAGGACAGCGGCGUCAAGAACAUGGUUUGGAUCGAUAAAGACUUGGAGCUGUAUGAAUAUGCAAAAGUGCGACCGCUCAUCAAGAAGAAGCAAAUACAGGUGGCGGCCGGACUGGAAGGAUACAACCCCGAGACCUUCCACAAGUUUCUCUCUCUGUUUCUGAAUGGAUCUGCUUCUGCAGUGAGACAAGAGAUGAGUUUCCGUGCUUCAGACAGAGACCUGGAGGGGGAGGCGGGGGAGGAGGGGGAGGCGGGGGAGAUCAGCCUGAACCCCACAGAGGUCCGCAUGAGUCAGAUCGUCCUGCCCUGCCACAGUAACCCCCGACAGGAGCUCAGCGUGGGGCAGCUGCUCAAGUGGAUGGACUCCACCGCCUGCCUCUCCGCUGAACGGCAUGCUGGGAGCUCCUGUGUCACCGCCUCCAUGGACGACAUCAGCUUCGAGCGCACCAUAAGCGUGGGGCAGGUGGUCAACAUCACGGCUAAAGUGCAGAGAGCCUUCAACACCAGCAUGGAGGUGGGGAUCCUGGUGAGCUGUGAGGACCUGUUCUUGGACCAGCACUGGAGGGUCUGUCACGCCUACGCCACCUUCGUCACUCAGCGCAAAGCAGGGACCAAGGUCCUGCUGAAGCCCCUGGUCCCUCGGUCUCACUCGGAGCAGCUGGAGUACAGUCUGGCCGCAGAGCGCCGCAGGGUCCGCAUGCUCCACGAUGACAUCAUCAAAGACCUGCUCUCCAGUCGAGCCGUGGAACCAGGGGGCGCUGUGGAGGCAGAGCAGGCUGUGUCUGCGGUGAAGACCAAAGUGCAGAGUGUGGAGCUGGUGCUGCCUCCUCAUGCUAACCACCAGGUGAACACAUUCGGAGGACAGAUCAUGGCGUGGAUGGUGAACGUGGCCACUAUAGCCGCCAGUCGUCUGUGCCAGGCUCACCCCACACUCCGUGGAAUCGACAUGUUUAAGUUCCGGGGGCCCUCUCAGGUGGGGGACCGGCUGCUGCUGAGGGCCAUCGUCAACAACGCCUUCAAGAACAGUAUGGAGGUGGGGGUCCGAGCGGAGGCCUAUCAAGGGGGCGGGCCAAACCGACACAUAAACUCCGCCUUCAUGAUCUUCGAGGUUCUGGACGGAGAUGGGAAACCCCGGCUGUUGCCACGGAUACGGCCCGAGCCAUUGGACGGUCAGAGACGCUGUGAAGAGGCCACGGCCCGAAAGAAGAUCCGUCUGGACCGGAAAUACAUCAUCUCCCGAGAACAGGCAGAGGUUCCACUAUCUGUGCCCUGGGACCCCACCAACCAGUGGUCCUGUGUGUGUUUAUUGUGUGUCCUCCUCCGCAGUGACCCGUACGUGAUCGCCCUGCGCUCCGUCACCCUCCCCACCCACCCCCCCAUGGAGCCCUUCACCCGAGGAGAGGUGCUGUGUGCCGGCUUCACCAUCCUGCAGACCUCCCCCCACUCGGCUCUGAUCUCGUAUUACAACCAAGCGUCGGCCGAGCUGCUGCUGCCUCUGAUCUCCACAGACGUGGCGGGGCUCUCCUCCUCCUUCUACCAUAACUUCUGUGCCUGUCGCCGGUUCCUGAGCCAGCACCGGGACUCUGCUCCGCCGCCGCCACCGCCGGAGAGAACCGAGAGCCACGAGAGCAACGAGAGCCAGACGUCUGAGGGCGACUUCGAACGCCUCAUCUCCAGCACGCCGCUGUAG